GCAGCAACUUACUGCCAGAGGAGGUUGCCGCCAUCUCAGCUUGCUCUCAGAUGGUUCGCACUCGCGCAAGCGCGAAGCUUCGCAUGCGUGGCCCAAUGUGGCCCACUUCCAGGUGCUAUUUGAGCCUUCAGCUGAAGAAAUCUUUGCCGACCGCACAGGUACACCUCUUGGGAGCCGCUUGAUCUUCCUCAACACGCCUCUGGCAGAAGCCGAGGUGCAGGCUCUAGCAGCCUUGCGGAAGGAGUGGUGUGCGCGGCGCAACGGCAGAGAUGAUCUCCCGGAGUUCAUCCGCCUCAGCGCCCUCAGGGUGCUUCAGCACAAGAAGUUCGACGUAUCCAGGGCGAUCGACCUCAUACAAACCUGCCUGGAGGAGCGUGUCCGCAGACUGCCGCUUCAGGAGGCAGACAUCUUGCAAGACUUAAGUUGUGGCGCCAUGUAUUGGCAUGGCCGGGACCGCAAGUGCAGGCCCUGCCUGGUCGUCCGAAUUGAGCGAUUUGCUGACCUCAUCAAGGACAAGGAGAGGUGCGUUAGAAUGACGAUCUUUGUCCUGGAGUACGCGAUUCGGUAUGCCAUGGUGCCUGGCCGGGUCGAGAACUGGGUAGUGUUGGUAGACUUCGAGAAUGCAUCGGACGUUGUGUCCUUCUUCCAGCUGCCAGCAAUGUGUCUUACUGCAAAGGCUCUUUCACAGACUCUGGAGAGCGUGUACUGCUGUCGCAUGGUUUGGGUAAAGCUCCUGAAUCUGCCCACCGUCCUCCGCAGCAUAGUUCAGAGCGUCAUACCUGCAGAGAAGAAGAAGAAGGUUUGUGCCAUCGAGGACCCUUCAAAGGAGCUCCUGAAGUACUUUGAGCCUAACCAGCUCGAGGCAACCAUUGAGCCUGGGAACUCGCUGCAUCAUCUUACAGGACGCAAGUUUCACGAGGGCCAGCUUUGGGAUACUGGCGCAGGGGCCUGA